GGCUCCUCCCACUUGAUAAAUAAAUCCCAGGAUUCCCUCCGAGCCGCCUCACUCUGGAGUUCCGCGGCGUUCCCAUGAUUCCCGGGCGUGUGUGCGCGCGGCUGCUCGCUGUGGUGAGUCUCGUAAGCGUUCCAGAGAGCGCGCCAGCUAAUCCCGCCGCGCCGAAUGUGACGAGCGUGCGAGUGUCACCGCUUCCCGUUCCACGUCUUCGUGGUGAACGGCAGCAGCGGACACAUCCGGCUCACCGGGAAGCUGGACCGGGAGCGCGCCGCGGAAUACAUGGCGAGUUCUUACGGGAGCCUUUUCCAAGAAAGCCUGCGAUAACCCGCUUCCUGAACCACCGCAACGUUUGCUCGCGCGCGCAGCUGUUCGGCGCCGCCACGUUCCGGAACGGGACUCUGGCGGAGGACAACAUCGCCAUCCCCUUCAAGGUGGCGGACGAGAACGACAACGCCCCGGUGUUCUCCGAGGGAGUAGCGGUAGAAGUGGAGGAGCUCAGUCCCGCAGGCGCGUUUGUCGGUAAAGUCAACGCCAGCGAUGCUGACGAGCCGGGAAACGAAAACUCUGAGGUCGCGUACUCCCUGCUGAGCCAGGACCCGCCCGGGGACAUGUUCUACCUGAAGAAAGACGGAACGCUCCACGUCAAGAAACCUCUGCUGGACCGAGAGGCGGAGGAUCGGUACGUUCUGGUGGUGAAAGGUCAGGAUCUGAACGGGCAAGUCGGCGGGAGGAGCGGAACCGGAACCGUGACCGUCCACGUGCGAGACGUCAACGACAACGUUCCCACUCUGGAGAAAGAGCAGUAUGAAGGAACCGUCGAGGAGAACACUCGGGGCGUCGAGGUGAUGCGGAUCAAAGCCCAAGACCUGGACCUGGAGGGGACGGAGAACUGGGACGCCGUCUUCGACAUCGUCAAAGGAAACGAGGCCGGCUACUUCAGCAUUACAACUGACCCCAAAACCAACGAGGGCAUCCUCAUGCUGGACAAGCCGGUGGACUAUGAGGAUGUGAAGGACCUGCAGCUUGGGCUCAUUGUGAAGAACAAGGCGCCUCCACAUGGAGGAGGAAGUGCUGGAGGAGGAACAGGAAGUGCUGGAGGAGGAGCAGGAAGUGCUGGAGGAGGAGCAGGAAGUGGUGCUGGAGGAGGAGCAGGAAGUGGUGCAGGAGGAGGAACAGGAAGUGGUGCUGGAGGUGGACCGGAACUGUCAGUGCAAGGUACAAAGGCCUUUAAAACAUACCCCAUCAACAUCAAAGUGAAGAACCAGCCCGAGGGUCCCCGGUUCGAUCCCAAAGUCAAAGCCAUCCCCGUCUCCGAGGGCGGAUCCAGCAUCAACUUCCAGGACGUCAUCGCCAAAUACCCGGCCAUCGACGGAGACACUCUGAAACCGGCGGAGAACGUCAGGUACGCCAAAGGUUUUGAUCCUGACAGCUGGCUGACCAUCGACCCCAAAACAGCCGAGAUCCGUCUGAACAAGAUGCCUGACAGAGAGUCUCCGUUUCUGGUCAACGGAACGUACUUCGCUCAAGUUCUCUGCAUCUCCGAAGACAUGCCGGGUAAAACGGCCACGGGGACCGUCGCCAUCCAGGUGGAGGACCUGAACGACCACUGCCCCACCCUGACCAGUAGCGUCCGCACUCUGUGCACCGACGACAACGCCGUGCUGGUGAACGCCGCCGACCAGGACGGAGAGCCCAACGGGCCGCCGUUCGAGUUCACGCUGGUCCCAGAAGGAACCAAAGGGAAGUGGCAGGUGGAGCACCUCAACGACACGGCGGCCAUCUUGAGAGCCCAGGAGGCCUUGUGGCCCGGGCCCCACCCGGUGGAGUUGCUGGUGAAGGACCAGCAAGGCGAGUUCUGCCCAGAACCGCAGAAAGUCACCGUGGAGGUUUGCACCUGCGAGGAUGGAGUGAACUGCGGGAAACAAGGCACUCAGGGUGGGGUGACCAAAUCGUCCUCGUUGGGACCCGCCGGCAUCGGGCUGCUGCUGCUCGGCCUCCUGCUGCUGCUGCUGGCUCCUCUGCUGCUGCUCUUCUGCCGGUGCGGGGGGGCGGCGGGGUUCCCCGACCUCUUCACCGAGAUGCCGUUCGACACCAAGUCGCACCUCAUCAACUACCACACCGAGCGGCAGGGCGAGAACACGGACUUGCCCACCACGAACCUGCCCUCCCCAGUGGAGGCGGAGCCUCCGCGGAUGGGUGGCGCACCGAGGGGAUUGGCGGCGGCGGCGCCCGGGCGAGGCUUUGGCUCCGGAUCGUUCGGGCUCGGGACGAGCUGGGCCAACGGCGAGGUGUUCUCAAGCGACCGCAGAGACGAGACCUGGGGGUCAAACCAGUGGCUCACUUACCACAACAUGGCCCUGCCAGACCACCUGCUGGGGCAAUAUUACAACCAGGUGACCAGAGGUGGGGAGGAGCUGGGAGUCAAAGACGGCAUGUUGGUGUACGACUUCGAGGGUCGAGGCUCCCCCGCCGGCUCCGUCAGCUGCGGCAGCCUCCUGGAGAGCCAGAACGACCUCCACUUCCUGGACGACCUGGGACCCAAGUUCAAGACCCUGGCCGAGGUGUGCGGCGGCCAGAAGACCCCCGAGGAGCCGGCGGUGCCCGCUCCUCUGCCUCGCGCCCCCCCGCCACAGCCGCCGCCACAACCCGCCAUCUCCAGAGUGGAGCGCUCGACGGUCCGAGAGUCCACGGAGCUGUCGGCGGUCCGGGGGUCCACGGAGCGCUCCGAGUCGGUGACGAGGAGCGGCGGCGCCGCGGUUCGAACCCAGAGCGUUGCCCUGCCUCAGCAGCAGCCCCCCAUCUACUACACCGCCCCCCCGGCGGUGCAGCCCGUGCACUACGUGGUCCAACCGCAGGUCCAGAGCACCCUGCUGCUCGCCCAGGCUCCGCCCACCAACCUGGUCCUGGUCCAGGAUGCCCCGGCCAGACCCCCCAACGGCUCCCAGACCAUGAUGGUGGUGGAAGGCAGGGUCCCCUCAGGGACCGUCAAGGUGCUGAAAGGGGGUCUGGUUCAAGGGGGGGCCCUCCAGAGAGUGGUGGUCUUGGGCUCCCAGACCCGAAAGACCACCCGAGCCACUCAGACCUGAAUCUGUUCCAGACUGUUGCUUUUCUUCUUCUACUGCUAUUAUUGUUUGGAACCAAU